ACCUCCUAGUAAAAAAAAAAAAAAAAACCUCCUAGUAAACCUCCUAGAGCUAACAUCAUAUAGAGAACAUGAGUUAACAAAGUCGUUAUCUAUCUACAUGUUUUGUCACAAGUCACAAAAUACUUGCAAUUACUUUACUUUUAUUCCUUCAUAUUAAAAAAUUUAAAAAAAAAAAAAAAACAAACAAACAAACAAAAACCAAAAAUACUUAGUAUUUCCUUCACUUAAAAUUGUAUGACCGAAAAAAUACACACAACUCAAACUAAGAAGAAGAUAAUGGGUGGUAGACCAACAAGUUUAGCCGCAAAUUCUGACCCUUUAAGCUUUGCUGCACCAACGACUUCUUCUUCUGUUGAUUCUGUUUUCGGAUCGGUUCCCACUCGACUCGAAGCUGAAUAUGCAAUUACAGCCUUUCAAAGUUUCAUGAUGCAAGGGCUUUCUUCAUCAAUAUCGAUAUUAGAUCGUCUUCAGCCAAUUUUGAGCCAUGAUCAACUGCAGUCUACUGGAUUCCAAAGGGUUUAUGAUGCCUUUCUCUUACUACAGACAGUUCCGUAUGUUCAAAGAAUGGUGGUUUCCAUAUCUUCUGAUAAAGCUGUGUGGGAUGCUGUAAUGAACAAUAACGAAGUUCAGGAGUUCCGUCAGUCAGUCAAUCAAGCUAAAUCAAGCAGACAUCAGAGGUCCGAUGAGGAACCUGCCUUGGUUUCAAUGAUUCUAAAGUGGAUUUUGGACAAUAUGAAGCUUAAAGUUUUGCAACUGAUUGAGUCGUUGAAGUCAGUAGUCAGCAAGAGCUUCGAGUCCUCCCAAAACAAGAACACAACAAACCCUGAAUUGAAACAUGGGUUCGAGGAGAUGAUUGUCUCGACUGUACUUCUCUCUACCAUUACUCUCAUGAUUGUGCUUGUAACUCGUGCCUAUGGGGCAUAAUCAUUAUCAACCCUGGUUAGUUUGGGCUUAUUAACAUGUGCAUAUUUUGGGUAUUGGAAUCAGUUGAUAUCCAACUUGUGUAGCUACAUUAAGGAUAAUUUUCAACCUAUUCAACCCUCUUGAAAGAAUCUGCAUAGAUCUUGGCUCCCCGGCUCCUAAAAAUAAUUACGGUUGAUUGCUUAACCAUUAGACACCUAACAAGGGCGGAAUGUGUAUAGUAUCCUGAAGCCAAGCUUUUGCUCAUUAUGUUACUUUAGGUAAUUCAUUACCCUAACAGUUUUGUAACUAAUUAGGAUAGUAUAAUUUUUCCCCAAAUUAGACUUUGCGAUUAUCUGUAGUCUGUAUAAAACCUUGUAAAAUUGCAUACAAUUAACAAGUAAAGUGCGUCAAGAAGUUUAAAAAAAAAAUAUAUAAAUCAAUGUCUUGCAGUUACAGUCUGUUGUCUGAAUUCAAAUCACUGAAUGCCUUUUGCAAUGGUCUAGAAUCACAAAUCAGUAUAGUUUAAUGAUUACACUUAUUGUUUAAUCUGAUGGCUCAAUAGAACAUAAUUUGCCCCGAAGGAGGAUACAUUCAAUCAACGACCUGAGUCACCUGACACGAAUGCAUGACUGUCUGUAAGUUGACAUAAUUGUAACUUGCAAAUUCAAAACACCGACCCCAAG